UGCUCCUUGCCUGGCUCCACCCUGGAAUGAUCACUGGGGUUUAGUCAGGCCACACAGACCAGACCAGCCACAGACAGGCUGAAGCUGAGGACCGGCUUGGCAGGUGGAGUUCAGGAGCCUCGGGCGUGGAGGAGCUGGGGUACGGGGCGCAGGGAAUGUCCCCAAAAGCAGUAAGGAGGACAAGGGACCCCUUAAAACUCAUCCACGUCCUGCUGGCCAUGCUGACGUCAGCAUCCCCUCUCCUCGCUCCCAGGAUGCUCUGGGUCCUCUGGCUCGUGGUCGCCUUCAGGAGUGCUCAGAGUGGAACCUGGGACAACCCCAACUGCACCCAGGGUGUGGUUUCUGUGUUGAGGGGCCAGCCAGCCACGAUGAGCUGCAGCAUCUCCAGUGCCUUCUCCCACAUCGACAUCUCCCUGAAAGCGAACCCCGCUGCACCCUGGAAGCUCAUCUUCAAUGUAAAGGCCCCAGGAAACUUCUGCCAGGAUGGAUGGCAGCUCUGGAUUUGGGAGGGUGAGGCGUACCUAGUAACUGAAGAAGCCCUGGACACCCAGGCAGGGCAGUACAAGUGGAGUCUGAAGGGGCGCCAGAGACACAUCAAAACCACUACCCUGAACGUCUCAGACCCGCAAGACCUGCUCCUCACACCUUCCGCAGGCCUGGAGAAAUCGACACCCUGUUUCGAUGUUAAACCUGAACACAAGAGGCAGAUCCUGGUAAUAUUCCCCAUCCUUGCCCUGGUCGUCCUCCUCAGCCUGCUGAUCUGCACACUGGCUUGGUCCCAAAGGUGUGGCUCCCUGAACUUCAAGCUACAUAAGGAAGCGCUUACAGGCAAAGGCGUCUGCGCGUGGCUUUCAUCCCUCCCAUCCUACCCCCUUCUCCAGAACAUGAGGAAGAACCAGUUUGAGGGACCUUCCACGAAGCAUUGUGGGACCAAAAUGAGGAUAUCAGUGGCCUGAGAUGAUGCAUGAGGCCUCCUCCACCACCCUCAAAGCGUAGAGCAGCCCCUCUGGAUGGGAAGCCGGAGAGGUGGCUGCUGGUGGAAUCUGUGUCCAACCUCCCUGGUCUUCCCCAGCCCUGGGGCUCCCCUCUCCGCCACCUGCCCCACGUGUACAACCCCACUGAGUGUAUUCUUUGUUGCUGUUUUUUUGGAGGUGGGGUGGGACGUCUUUUUUUCUUCCUUUCCUCUUUUGUUCUCUUAUGAUUUGAUGACUUUAGUGCUGCACUUGAAUUCCUUUUUCUUCUGUGUGUAUAUCUAUGAUAACAGACUUUUGGUUUGUUGUGACCGUGAGACUCUGAUACAGCAGUCUACACUUACGUGCAUGAUUGUGUUAAGUUGCUGAUCUCUCCUUUCCAGUGCAUUUCAAAUAUCCUACGUGUGUACUCUCCUCCUCUCGUGAUUACUGCUUUUGCUGUCUUGUCUGUGUGUGUGGAUGGUUUCCUUCUUUUACUGUAUAUUUGCCUUUACGUGUGAGCCCCCUUAUUUCAUCCUUUGCCUGUUUCUCGUUGUGGCCUUUUCUUUUCAGUGUAGAGAAGUUCCUUUAAAGAUAGAGCUGGUUGGAGGUUCAUUGAAUAUGUUCGUAAAAGGUACAUAUAAUGUGAUAAAAAGAAGGAUUUUCUA